AUGAACAAUCUGGCUUCUCUUAUUCCCCGCUUCAAUGGAGAAGAUUAUGAUUAUUGGAGGCAUCAGAUGAAGGUACUGCUAAAAUCAUUUAAGUUAUGGAGUAUUGUUGAAGAUGGAUAUGAAGAGCCAGAAAACGAAGAGAGUCUAACUAGAGCAGAAAGCACUUCGUUGAAAGAAAAAAGAGAGAAAGACAGCAAGGCUCUCUUUCAGAUUUAUCAAACCAUUGAAGGACCAAUAUUUGAAAGAAUUGCAAAAGCAGAAACAUCCAAGCAAGCCUGGGAGAUGAUCCAAUCAGCAUAUAAAGGAGAAGAAAAGGUGAAAAAUGUACGUCCGCAAUCUUUAAGAGCAGAAUUUGAAAAAUUAGAAAUGAAGGAGAAUGAAAGCAUUUCAGACUAUUUCAAUAAAGUUACUUCUAUUGUGAAUCAAAUGGCUUCUAAUGGAGAAAUUUUAGAAGAUCAAAAGGUUGUUGAAAAAGUUCUUCAAAGCCUUCUAGAAAAAUUUGAUUUUGUUGUCGUUGCAGUAGAAGAAUCAAAAGAUUUAUCUACUGUUUCAAUAGAGGAGUUGUUUGGAAUUUUAAAAUCUCAUGAAUUUCGAGUAAAUAAAAGAACUCUUGCUUCAACCAGUCGAACUUCUGUUGAUCAAGCUCUUAAAUCACAAGUUGCAAAUACAGGAGGGCAAAAUUUCUCACGAGCUAAUUUUAGAGGAUGUGGCAGAGGAGACAAUAAUAGAGGAAGAGGAAGUCCAAGUAGAGAAGAUUCUUCAGUAAAAAAUAUAAAUCAACUAGAGAACACACCAUAA